CUUGAAACUCUCUUAGCCGGCUACGUUGCCAGACGGGAUUGACUCAAGGUUGACGGCCAUCAGCACCAUCAUGUCCACACUUUUUCUCCCUUUGAGCUCCCUUUGUUACGAUUCGUGACCGCCGGAAGGUGCAAAAGGACUCGACUGUAUAAAUCGAGCCAGAAAUCGUUUGAUCGACGAUUGUCAUGAUCGUCUUGGGAUCCACCUCGCUUCUGUGCCAGAGCCCAGCACACUCGAGAUGAUCAACGCAGAGGAUUCUAAACAGCAGAAGGGAUCGGCAGCCUCUGUUAUGUCUCGAAAGACGGAGCAUGAUACCGCUUUGGAACGCAAAUCCAUCCUAUCUGAUCACCACCUCGACGAGGAUGGACCCCAGAUCGAGGCUCAUAUUGUAUCUUCGCCAUCGAAAGACAACGAUGUAGAAUCAGGCUCCAGACCUCCCGAAACAGCAGCAUUCGAAACCACCUACCCUGAAGGCGGUUACGGCUACGUCGUUGUGUUCGCAUGUAUUCUGGUCGGGGCCUGCACAGCAGGAUCCGUUUCCGCCCUGGGUAUCUACCAGGCCGAGUAUGCCGAGAGGUUCUCCCAGAAGUCAUCUUUUGAAGUCAACUUAAUCGGAGGUUUCAUGGGAUUCUUCCUCGGCAUCGGCACAGUGAUAUUUGGCAGGAUCGCCGAUCGAUAUGGUCACAAGAAAAUGUCGGUCUGCUUUGCCUUUCUUGCUUGGAUAGGCAUGUUUUCGGCAGGCUUUUGCAACGAGCUUUGGCAGCUAUACAUUACCCAGGGAACCAUCGCUGCCAUCGGCCAGGGCGCAGGUGUGACCCUCUGCGUCUCGGCUCCUGCUCAGUGGUUCAAGAAGAACCGCGCCUUCGCUAUUGGAGUUGCUCUUAGUGGUUUUGGUUUGGGCGCUGCUGUUUUCUCCCUCUUGGUUCCGGCAUUGAUCGACAGGAUUGGCUUGAAACAUACCCUCAAGGUUAUCGCCUGUACAAAUCUCGCUGUGACUCUCUUGGGUAUCGCUCUGAUACGCAACCGCAACACUAUCGAAGCCCAGCUCAGAAAGGAUGCGCCGUUCAUUCCCGUACAAGCUUUCAGAAGGCUGUCGUUCUGGUUGGUAGCUUUCUCUCUCCUAGUCGGUUUCUUCGGUACUGUCACGCCUGCAGCAUACUUCGUUCAAUAUACGCGCGAGAUCGACCCGAACAGAAGCAAGGUCCUGAGUUCCUUACCUCUCACUCUCUGGGCUCUGAUCACUCCUCUGGGUCGAAUCGGCUUUGGCUUCCUUGUCGACAGAUUAGGCCCACUGAAUUGCUACACUUUGGCGUGGUCUCUUUCAGGCGCGGCCACAUUUGCCCUGUGGUACACUAUGCGAACGUAUGCAGGAAGCAUUGCAUACGCCUGUGUGCUCGCAUUUUUCGCCACCAGUUUUCAAGUUUGCAUACCCGGUGCCGUCACCGAAAUAUUCGGUCCCGAAGCCCUGGCUACGAACCUCGGCUUCAUUCUGUUGUUCCAAAUACCUCCAAAUCUGUUUGGUGCUGCCAUCGCCGGUGUCAUUCGAGACGAGACUCAAGGUUGGAAGUGGAUCAUCACGUUUGCAGGUUGUUGCUCUUUCGGAGGUGGCUUGCUGGCCGGUUUCGCUCGCUUGCAUACCAACGACAAGUUAUUAGCGAAGGUAUGAACGAAGAGCUACUAAUCUCCUCUAGAGGAUGGCAUCAAGACGUGUGCUUGUUUAGUAUAGGGUUUGUUACCUGAGAUGUAUAGAUGCGUUCCGCUAGACUGAUACCCUGCAUUGUACGGUCACGUUACAUGACCCUCCUCUGCUGUACAAUCCACUACGUAUUGAUCAUUUCUUCGAAGCAGC